CGCCGUGUUGACUAAACAUGAUAAUGUUCUGAAACGGUAAGGAUUUUGCUCUACUCGAUCAGACCUAAGCUUCUUGUGAACUGCUGACCUCCACAAACGGAAAGGAUUGACUCUGCAUGGCCCCUAGUAUUACAAUGACUUCUCUACCAAUUUGUCGUAAGGGAGAAGACUCUUCUUGCGUUGUCUUGAACAGAAACGAUAUGCAGACUAAUCUACACAUGGCAGGAGACGAGGAGCUUGAGAAGCCGAAAGUUUCUAUACUUCCUUUCAGCGUCGAGGCGCUGAUGGCAGAUAAAAAACCUUCAAGAGACUUGUCAUGCACCGAUGGCGCAACUGUCGCAGGAACUUCGCACUCUCUCAGUCCCAGGACGGGUACCCGGAGCUGCACAGAGACCCCGGUGUCCCCCUUGACUAUCAACUCGCCGUUUUCUGUCGGAGGACUAAUCAAAAUGCCCGAGGACGCACUUGUCAAAUCCGAAAGCCCGGAAAGUCAAGAACGAAAUGCGUGGAUACAAAGCUCUCGUUUCUCGCCACCGCCUCCUAGACGUCUGAGCCCCCCAGCAUGUCCACUGAGAAAGCACAAAACAAACAGGAAGCCACGGACUCCUUUCACCACUUCCCAGCUGCUGGCAUUGGAGAGGAAGUUCCGACAAAAACAGUACCUGUCCAUAGCGGAGAGGGCCGAGUUUUCCAGCUCUCUGAAUCUGACAGAAACGCAGGUGAAAAUCUGGUUUCAAAACCGGAGGGCAAAGGCUAAAAGGCUGCAAGAAGCAGAACUGGAGAAACUAAAAAUGGCAGCCAAGCCUAUGUUACCACCAGCCUUUGGAAUUUCCUUUCCCCUUGGUACCCCAGUGCCAGCAACUUCACUUUACGGAGCAUCACAUGCAUUCCAGAGACAUUCCCUCCCCGUGUCUCCCGUGGGACUUUAUGCUGCUCACGUUGGAUACAGCAUGUAUCACCUGGCCUAAAGGAAAAGGCCAGCCAUUGAAGACAAAAAUACCUCCAACGCAUAUCUUCUCGAAACGUUUUCCUGAUCCUGGAAUUCAUUGUUGACUCUGUUAUUGAGAUCAGAUACGCAUUUAACGCGAGAUACUGAAUAUUAAGACUGAUAAUUAAGUCUGAAGUAUCAACCGAUAAAUGUCCUGUUAUACUUUUAUACACCUUUUCUGUUGAUUGCCGUAACUUUUGUGCUACAAACUCCAGUACUUUUGUUCGGUUGUGUUAAUCUGGAUCCACACCACACAUUCAAAGCUGAACACGGAAAGUAAACAGUGCAUCUGCGGCAUCUGCAUUUUUAUAUGAAAAACAUGUUUUGGAAACAACUAGUCUGUUAAAAUGUUGGGGCUUUCCUUUAAUGCAUAAAACAACGAGGAGGCUUUAUUAUUAUUAUUUUUUUUAAUUUAACAGACAAUUCACCAGAAAUAAUUCAAUGCUCUUUGUUUAAAAGAAAAAAAGUAUAUUUAACAGCACAGUCUGUUAUGUAUGUAUUUCACUGCUUCCUUUGGAAGGGAUUUGUGUACUAUAAUAUAAUGUAUAUUUGAAAUU